UUUUGAAAAUCAUCUCUGCAGCCCGCAAAUCUCGACGCCACGAGUUGACGUCACACGAACACACGACGAACUUCAGAUGACAGAAAAAAUGGCGGAGGUCGACCUGAAUGUCGACAGCCUGAUUCAAAGACUCCUCGAAGUCCGAGGAUGUCGCCCAGGCAAAACUGUUCAAAUGAGUGAGGCGGAGGUCAGAGGAUUGUGUUACAAGUCCAGAGAAAUAUUCUUGCAACAGCCUAUCCUCUUGGAGCUUGAAGCCCCGUUGAAAAUUUGUGGUGACAUCCAUGGACAGUACAAUGAUCUUCUACGGCUCUUUGAAUAUGGAGGGUUUCCCCCUGAAGCCAAUUACUUGUUCUUGGGAGAUUAUGUUGACAGAGGUAAACAAUCAUUAGAGACUAUCUGUCUCCUGUUGGCCUACAAAAUCAAAUAUCCUGAGAACUUUUUUCUCUUGAGAGGAAACCAUGAAUGUGCUUCUAUUAACCGGAUAUAUGGGUUUUAUGAUGAGUGUAAACGGCGGUACAACAUCAAAUUAUGGAAGACUUUUACAGACUGUUUUAACUGUCUACCUAUUGCUGCUAUCAUUGAUGAGAAAAUAUUUUGCUGUCAUGGCGGUUUAAGUCCUGACCUUCAGGGAAUGGAACAAAUCCGACGUAUAAUGCGGCCUACAGAUGUCCCAGACACAGGUCUUUUGUGUGACCUCUUAUGGUCAGAUCCUGAUAAAGAUGUGCAAGGUUGGGGUGAAAAUGACCGUGGGGUCUCUUUCACCUUUGGAGCAGAUGUUGUCAGCAAGUUUUUGAAUCGUCAUGAUCUGGAUUUAAUUUGUAGAGCCCAUCAGGUUGUUGAAGAUGGGUAUGAGUUCUUUGCCAAAAGACAGCUUGUCACAUUAUUUUCUGCACCCAACUAUUGUGGUGAAUUUGAUAAUGCUGGUGGUAUGAUGUCUGUUGACGAAUCCCUCAUGUGCUCGUUUCAAAUCCUGAAGCCAUCAGAGAAGAAAGCAAAGUACCAGUAUGCUGGGAUGAACUCAGGACGCCCAUCAACUCCUCAAAGAACACCUGUUAAAAAGAAGUAGACUCUUGCAGUGAUAUUUAACUUAAAACAGUAUCAGCAGUAAUAUUAUAAUGGUAUGCAGCUUGAAAAAAUCUGCUAAAAAUAUCAGUCAAUUAAGGAGUUGUUUCUUUUCUUUUUAGGCAGGUCUGCAGUUAUUUUUUUUUUAUUUUUUUGAUCUGUGUUUUCUGCAGGAUCUUAAAGAUACUAAAAAAUUUAUAAUAAAGCUGUAAAACUUGACUAAAACUUUCUCCAAGGACAAAGUUAAUGCCUUUUGCUCCUGAUGAAAGAAAUUAUUUAUUGAUUAUGCGAGCUAUUAGUCCAAAGAUCAUUUAACAGGCUCUGCCUCUUGUUGCAACAAGCAAAGUUCAGCUUUUUAUUUACAUUGUGUAUUUGCUAAUGUUACUAUCCAUGGAAACCUCAGGAUGCAUUUAAUUUUUCUGGCUGUUGUAACAUUUUAAUCAAAUGUUGUGAAUUACCUAUUUCCAAAACCUUUAUGCUGUUUCAACUGUUCUGUUUGAGUUUGUAUUAGUGUAUUGGCACAUGUUACAUCAGCACGGUCAGUAUUACCGACAACCUGUUUCUGUGAGUGGUUUUAUUUAUAGAGUGACAGGGCUCUAUGAGUCUCAUACUAUAUCAAAAGAUUGAACAAAAAAAAUAGUGACGAUAAGUAGGGUUACUCUUUUUUUCCUAUUUUGUUUGACAACUUUUCUAUCUUUGGAAUUAUUAUCUUGAUGUAAAAGAACAAAUUUUCAACACUUUUCUGCUGGCAUCCCAAACUCUGGGAAUAUUUUCUUUUCUUAUUCUCUUGCAUCAGAAAUUGGUUUCUCUUAUGCUAUCUUAUACUUUCCAUAGGGCUUGCAUUUUGAUUUACAUUUCAUGGUAUCAUUUUUUGUCUUGUAUUAUUAAUUUUGUGGGCUUAGUCUAUGUUGUAGAUACUGUUUCUGAGCAUUAAUCGAGACUGUUCGUUGUAUAUCUUAAUUUUGUAACUGUACUGUAGGCUUCUGAAGUUUCAGGCAUUCCUCUUUUAUUUUGUGCCUUAUGACAUUACUAGCAAAUAUUUGAUUUGUAGCUUUGCUCUUCAUACAAUUGCAUUCUCAUUACAUGUAGGAAUGUUGUGGUUUUUGAUAUCGAGAUAUUUUAUUCCCAUGUGUGGUUUUUCAGACAUGUUAAAAGUUUUAAACUGAACAUCCAUAGAGUCAAAGCUGUAUCAUAAUGCCAACUCCUGUUGUGGUUGUUUUUAGCAUUUGCAAGCAUUUUUCCUCAUGCGAAGAGGAUCACUCUUAAAUUUCAAGCUCCCAUUAUAAGUAAAUGCUAAUGUACUGGAAUACCUAUGUACCUGUAAUUUGAAAUUUUUUGUGCCUCAAUUUAUCUAGUUGUGCAAACUUACUUAAUGGCCUUUUUCUGUUCCCCUGCAGGGAGGGAUAGUUAAGUACAACAUUUACUUUAUUACUUAAUGAGUCUAUUGCUUUAACAUGACUGAAUGCAUUGUAAUGUGGUUGUUUCUAUAGACACUUGGUUACUAAUGUUGUUUUCAAAAGUCUUUUGAAGAGAAUUCUUGUAUCUAUUUGGAUGCUACUUAUAUUGUUCAAAUUUUUGGGGUUGGCUGGAUAAAUUUGUACUAGACAUCUUUCUUUCUUUAAAAAAAUAAAAUUGUUCUCUAUGGUACCUUUAGGAAAGAAGAUGAGCAUAAAUGUUCCUUAAAGUGAGAUUGUACAGUUGUUUUUCUGCCUCGCAGCUGGUUGCAAACAUAUUUCUAGUUAUUAAAAAAAAUUGCCAAUUCUCUCAUAUCAUGAGCUUAAUGAAAAGUUUACUAUUUAGACUCAUCCCAACCACAAUAAAAAUACAUAGCAAGGGUAAAUUCUUGAAAUGUCAGGUAAAACAAAGCGCUAGUAUUUACGAGCACCUGGCUUCUGGCUUGAUGGGCUUUCAGUUCCUUUAAUUUAAUGGCUCUUCCUUAAUUUCUUGGGUUUUGUAAAUAAAUUCAUUUCUGCUUGGGUUCUGUUAUUUUCCUGAUGUCUUUUAAGUUUGUUUAGAUCUUCAUUGGAUAUGUUCAUGGAUCACUAGCUUAGUCAUCUCUGCAACAAAAAUCUUUAUUCAUUUGAUUUAUUUAACAAGUUCCACUUAUUUUUCUACCUUUCCUCUAUGUUUUGAUGUUGGAUGAACUGUAGGUUGUAUAUCAUAAGAUAAAAAAGAAAAAAACCUGCUCCAAGUGGGAUUUAGGGUCUCUUAUCCAUUCAAAAUUUAAGUUAAGGAUAAGGUCUUAGCAUGGAUUUGCAACAUUGCAGGCAAGUCCAGAAUCGACCAAUUCUCGAAUUAUAAUUAUGUUCAUGUCUGGCUUAAGCUUUUAGAUUAUUUCAUGUAAAUAAUAUAGCCCACUAAAUUAGUCUCAGAGGAAAUCGUUAUUACUGUGUUAAAAUUUAUUUAUUGUUGUGUGAAUUGACCUCUUUUAGCCAGAGGCAAAUUAUUCUUAAUUAUAACUUGCUUUGCUCUUUUGCUUCACACUACUGAUUCUUCUUUGAAAGACAUUUGCACCUUUUAAAACCUGAAAUAGUUGCAAAUCUGUGUGAACUCAACACCCUGUGUGUCCUCUUGGCAGUGAUUUACCAUUUUUUUUUGUGUUAAAUGUAAACCAAUGAUUAUGACAACGCAAUUCUGUACAGGCCAUUAUGCUGCUAUGCCGCACUCACAUCCAACUAUAUUUUCCAAGCAUGGCUUUAAGUGUUAAUAAACAGAAUUAUUAUUAUUAUUAAUUCAAA